UGUCAUCAGUGGGGUAGGCGAGCUGGACCUGGGCAAAGGUGACCCCAAGGAGACGCAGGUUCCAAACGAUGGACCUUAUCCCGAUUGCCCUUACCUGCUGCUGGACGUGCGAGAGCGAGAUGCCUAUGACCAGUGCCACCUUGUGGGAGCUCACUCCUAUCCCAUCGCUACUCUCUCCCGAACGAUGAAUCCCUACACCAACAGCAUUUUGGAAUACAAAAAUGCUCACGGGAAGAUUAUCAUCCUUUAUGAUGAUGACGAGAGGGUGGCCAGCCAAGCAGCCACCACCAUGUGCGAGCGGGGCUUCGAGAAUCUGUUCAUGCUUUCUGGAGGUCUCCGAGUCAUUGCUCAGAAGAUCCCCGAAGGCCUGGUGACCGGCUCCUUCCCCGCCUCCUGCCUGGUGGCCAGUCAGCAAGGAAACUCCCGGAAAAAAGCCACCACUCCGCCGCCACCCCUCGCCCACGCCGCCGAAAACAAGUGGAGGUUUACCGCAGAGGAUCUGCAGAAGAUACAGUACUACCUGCAGGAGGAACAGCUUCCCAGCGACCCUGCCAAGCUGUUUGCUUCUCAGUUCUGCUUGGAUAAACGAUUGCCAGCUUUUUGCUACGCCCUUGUCCAUUCGGUUAUUUGA